UUUCCACAGUUAGUCGACUAACAGAUCAGUGAUGAGCACUAAAUGUUGAAAAUGUAAUUCAAGCUCUGACCUUUAUGAAACUAAAGGGAACCAGUGGUUUGUUGGGAAGUAUGUGCUGAGCUCUCUUCUGCUCCUGCUCCUGUGCGUGGGGUGUCCUGUUUCCAGCUCCGGGCAGGACUAUCGGCCGAUGUUGUUCCUGGAGGAAAGCCCGGUCCUCGUAGGACGAAGCAUUUGGUGAUGGCAGAUACAGUCGGGCCAUCGCUGCAGAGGAAAGGAGACCAUCUAGCCAAUCAUGAUACCUGCCUUGCAGCUGUCAGGGCACUGAGACAGAUCAUACAGACCAGUGGGACGCUACUGAAGGACGACAUUCACAAGCGGCUGCAUGAGGUGGUUCUACCGCUGUGUGUGCGCCUGCAGCAGCAGCAGUCUUGCAGCAGCAAUGCAUGUGAAUCUGCAGGGAGUGCGAGUGGGCAGUACAGCAGUGCUCUUACUCGACGAGAACUGUACAGGUUAUUGCUGGCCCUGGUCCUGGUCCCCUCACCCUGUUGGCCUCCACCUCUGACCUGUGCCGUGUCAAUCCUCAGUAACGGACGCACCGACAGGAAUGUUAAGGUAAGUCCUAACGACCUGAAACACUGCAAAAAGCUUUUAAAAAUGUAGCAACGUGUAGUGGGUGGAUGGAUCAACAUUUCUCUUGCUGUGAUGUUGAA